AUGGCGCGUGAUGACCGCCAGCGGCUUGACAGCAAAAGACAAGCUGGUGAUGUGCAGCUCAAAUUGAUAUCCUUGAGAAAUCCUCGGGAUAUCCUUGGGAGAUUCUCGAGUGUCGAAUUCGAGGCUCGUGAAGGACAUCGCCUCGCAUCGAAGCAACCCCAGGUUGGGAAGGGCGCGAACCCGUCGGCUAAAGAACACGACUGCGGAGAAAUCCACAGCACCCAGACCGAGCAGGAUGACAGAAGCGAACGCAGACAGGUGCAGGGAAACCUCUGGGCGUGGACCGCCGGCACGCCAUUCGAGAUUGUCGAUUCAGCAAUGCGUUCCAAACAAAGGCGAAUAUACCGAACACCGGAAAUCAGACCACUUCCAGGCACGUCAGACCUGAUGGAGUUCGAGAUAGCCGGUUGGCAGCUGGCUUGCCCUCAGGCGCCGUCAGAAGACAUUGAAACACGUCUGUCCGAAUGGGGAGAAAUUGGCGGGAUGGCAUCAUCGGACGCAUCCAGGACAUGA